AUGACGGAUGAACAAGAGUAUCUUACAACAAUAUCGAAAGAAGAAAAGGAGGAAGAUGGGACGCAACAAGGUUUGAAAGAAGACAUGGUCACAAAAAGAUCAAUCUUUUUCAUUAUUGAAUUCGCAGGGAACAAGAGCAUGCAAGAUCUUUCUCACGUAUUCACAGACUUUGGGGAAAUUAAUGAAGUGAUCAUCCCUCCAAAAAGAGACAAGAGAGAAAGAAAGUAUAGAUUUGUCCGCUUCUUCAACGUGAGAGAUGAAAGAACAUUGACAAAAAAGCUGGACAACACGUUAUUGAUGGCAGAAAGAUCUUUGCCAACAUACCCAAAUUUCAAAGAGAAUAGACUAUUAGUCACCAAAGGAAAUGUUCUCUUAUAUAGCAAAAGAGGACAACCGACCAUUUACUUGAAGUUUUUUGUGGAAGAAGAUGAGCUAUCCAGAUUCAAGAAAGCUUAUAUUAGAGUGAUGGAGAAUUCGGGGUUACCUUACAGUAUGCAGAAGAUGUUUCAUUUAGAGGGGUAUUUAUUUGUUAAAGUAACCCCUUUGGGAGCAUAUGUGUGCUUUCUUGAAGAAUCAUAG